AUGGCUAAUAGCAGUACUAGUCCUUUUUCAGCUAGUACAGCGUUUUGCGCCCGAUGUGGGUCUAUAUUACCUCUCCUUCAAGAGUUUGGUUCAGUGAAAUGUUAUGCUUGUAAAGCAGUUUAUGACGCUGAAAAUUUCAGUAACUUGAAGUUUGAGUAUACAAUCCACUUCAAUACAGUAUCUGUUGUAACACAUGAGAAUUUGUUAAACAUGGAUGGUCCCGAGGGUCCCGUUGUUGAGAGAAGGUGUCCGAAAUGUGGUCAUGAUAGGAUGUCUUAUGCUACACUUCAGUUGAGGUCUGCCGAUGAAGGACAAACCGUAUUUUAUACGUGUAUAUCUUGCAAAUACAAGGAGACAGAAAAUUCAUGA